CCAUCGUUAACAAGUGAGGCUACAUCAAAACCACAGCUCACGAGCGGUUGUUUCCAUCACUCGCUAGUCGAGAUGUUAUCCGCUUGAUGCAGUACAAAGAAACCUACAGUGACCUACACUAAUCUGAGAAACGAAAUCCUCUUAUUGCUCGUCUCCAGCAAUUGGCUCAUCUCAACAUGCAACUUUACCACUUCAAGUGAGAUCCGCCACAACUAUGAGCCAAGCAAGGUAAGGCCAUCAUAGAUCUGCUCAAGGAAGCUGAUGCGAUUUAAGCUGGUUAAUUAGGAUAGUGUACUAUCUCUCUACAUCUGAAUUCGAAUCUCUUACAAUACAUUAGUGUAAUUAAAAAUAAUAUCGCCAAAAAAAUAAUUUUGAAAAGGUCAAUAAUGAUCAAGUAAUGAAAAACUUAGUGCACAUGCACCUUGUUUAGAAGGUAAUUAUCCCCAAAUAAUGUGAAUGCAAUUAUAUGUAAGGUGGCUUUGCUAUUUUUUGUCCAAGGUUGUAUUUAAUUAUGAAAAAUGAUGCCCCACCAAAAGAAAAGUUGCAUCAUAAUUUGGUUGGUAACCCAUACCAUAACAAAUUAUUUGCUAAUUUUCCUCAAUUAUCACAUUAUCAUUAGACAUAUUACCCAUAUAUAAAUAUAUUUCAAGAAUCCAAUAAUCUAUAAUCUUGCCUCACAAUUCUCCACCAUGAAGUUUCAAGCCAUUGAUCUGCCUAAUGCAAAAUACACACAACCAAACAACACCUACAAAAAAGGUAUUCUUCUAGCCCUCACCCUUCUUCUGCUCACCUCAAUCCCUAUCUGCAUUAACAACAGCACAACUUCUCCAUUGCUAUCUCCAAACAGCAACAUUACCAGUGGAUUAAAAACCAUUGAAAACGAAGACCAAUGCCAAAUAUUUACUGGGAAUUGGAUUCCAUAUCCAGAUGGACCUGCUUACUACACAAAUGAAACUUGCAAUUUGAUCAUUGAUCAGCAGAACUGCAUGAAAUUCGGGAGGCCCGACACGGAGUUCAUGAAAUGGAGGUGGAAGCCCAAAAAUUGCGAGUUGCCAUUGUUCGAUGCAGCUCAGUUCUUGGAGCUUGUUAGAGGGAAGUCAUUGGCAUUUCUUGGUGAUUCCGUGGGAAUGAAUCAAAUGCGGUCAUUGCUCUGCCUUUUGUCCAGUGUGACUUAUCCUGAAGACGUUUCUCACAAGUAUUCAACAAACACGAAUUAUUUCAAGCGUUAUGUGUACCACGACUACAACUUCACUAUGGCAAAUCUCUGGGCACCCUACUUGGUUAAAUCUCGAGACGUGGACCCGAAUGGCCACAACAUCAACAGCAUCAGGACCCUAUACUUAGACGAGCCCGACGAGGCUUGGGAAACUGAGGUUGAAAAUUUUGAUUAUGUCAUCGUCUCAGCAGGCCAAUGGUUCUUCCUGCCGCUGAUGUACUACGAAAAUGGUCGCGUUAUAGGGUGUCACAAGUGCGGACGAGACAACAUGAAAUCUUUUCUCACGCACUACGGCUACAAAAAGGCAUUCCAAACGGUGUUCAGGACCCUUCAGAACCUCAAAAACUACAAGGGAGUGACAUUUUUGAGGACGUUUUCGCCGGCACACUUCGAAAACGGGGCGUGGAACGAGGGAGGAAAUUGUGCGAGGACAAGGCCUUUUAGCAAAGAAGAAAUGAAGCUCGCUGGGCGUGUUUUGGAGAUGUAUUUGGCACAAGUAGAGGAGCUACAAGCAGCAGAAAAGAAAGGUAUGAAAAGAGGCCUUGAAUUUAGGUUAAUGGAUACAACUGAAGCUAUGUUGCUGAGGCCUGAUGGACAUCCUAACUUCUAUGGACACUCACCUCACCGGAACAUGACUGUUGCUGACUGUGUUCACUGGUGUUUGCCUGGACCCAUUGAUACGUGGAAUGAGAUUUUGCUGUAUAUGUUGAAAUCCGGGCACAGAACAUCCUGACGGGGGGAAGAAGUUCCGCGCACUUUGAAUGUUACUCUAGAAAUAUUAAAUAUCAUAACAAUCCAUAGUUAGUUUGAGAUAUCGUCAUUGCAACAUAAAAAGGUAAAUUAUAAUAAAAUGCUUGAUGAAACAUUA